AAAUCGCAUCGUUCGCUUCCAUCUUACAAUCAAACCCCAUCACUCUCCCUCUCUCUCUCCCAAUGGAAAAAUCCGUGUUUGAAAAAUGGCGACCCGACCCGAUUUACCGGCCACCGGAGACGCCAUUAGAGCCGAUGGAGUUUCUCUCUCGCUCGUGGAGCGUCUCAGCUCUCGAGGUAUCCAAGUCCCUCGCUCCUUCGAAGACCUCAAGCGACACCGUCAUUCUCGAAGACGAACCUACGGAGUCUCAGGAAGUGUCGCCACGAACAUCUGGUCGGCUUUCUCAGAGCAGCGGUCCUUUCAACGGUUCUUUAACCGACAGUCCUCCGAUUUCGCCGCAGGAAGUCCACGACAUCAAGCAAUUUUGCCGAUCAAACAAUAUCACACAAAACUUCAACUCUCAGUUCCGUUCAACGGCGAACACUCCGGGACCUAUCACGGCAACAACCACACAGUCCAAGACGGUGGGUCGGUGGCUAAAAGACCGAAGAGAGAAAAAGAAGGAGGAGACUCGGGCCCACAACGCUCAGAUUCACGCCGCCGUCUCCGUCGCCGGCGUGGCCGCUGCGGUGGCUGCUAUUGCGGCUGCAACCGCCGCUUCGUCGAGCUCUGCAAAAGAUGAAGAGACGGCGAAAACAGACAAGGCCGUGGCUUCUGCUGCAACACUUGUGGCAGCUCAAUGCGUGGAAGCUGCGGAAUUGAUGGGAGCUGAGAGGGAGUAUUUAGCCUCCGUUGUUAGCUCCGCCGUGAACGUUCGAUCCGCCGGAGAUAUAAUGGCAUUAACCGCCGGAGCAGCCACAGCUCUGAGAGGAGUGGCUACAUUGAAGGCGAGGGCGAUGGAGGAGGUGUGGAACAUUGCAUCAGUUAUUCCAAUGGAUAAAGGAAUCAAUCCUGGAGGUUGCAGCAAUGUUAAUACUAACGGCAACAGUAGCAAUGGCAGUUCGAGCAGUAGUCACAGUGGUGAAUUUGUAGCUGAAGAUAGUUUUUUGGGACAUUGCAGCAGAGAAUGGCUUGCUCGAGGCUGCCAACUCCUGAAACGCACCCGCAAAGGUGAUCUUCAUUGGAAAAUAGUGUCUGUUUACAUAAACAGGGUAAAUCAGGUUAUGUUGAAGAUGAAGAGCAGGCAUGUUGGAGGGACCUUCACAAAGAAGAAAAAGAAUGUUGUGAUUGAGGUGAUCAAAAACGUACCGGCUUGGCCAGGCCGCCAUUUGCUAGAAGGAGGAGAGGAUUUGAGAUACUUUGGAUUAAAAACGGUUCUGCGAGGGAUUGUAGAAUUUGAGUGCAGGAGCCAAAGAGAGUAUGAGAUGUGGACACAAGGUGUCUCAAGGCUUCUUUCUGUUGCUGCCGAGAGGAAUAACAGAUAUAGGUUAUGAAGGAGUAGUUUAAGACUUAAGAGCGACUGUUUUGUGGAGGAUAUCGUGUCACUGAUGUUUAACUUAUGGGGCCAAAUUAGAACUUGGAGAAAGUUGAGGGGUUCUUUUCGAUAAGGUAUAUAUAGGAUGAAAUGGGCCCUUUCUAAGGGUGGGUUGGUUAAACAAAACUUUGGUGUUUGUAAAUUUGCUUUUUAGUGCCUCUUAGUUUAAUU